CACCGUGGUUGACAGGCGUACGUUAUAAUUGUGCGCCUCUGUGCGAACCCCCCGGAGGCCAUGGGCAAGCUAUCCUCUCCUUCUAAAACCAGAAAAUCAAACAAUGCUAAUCCAUUAGUUUGCUCCAUUAUGGCGCGAAAAUCCUCUCUGGUGAAGCAAACCCUAAUUGGCUCUGCGCUCUUUGUAAUCGCAAUAUACGCCUUCUUCAACACUUUUCUCAGCCCCUUCGCUGACUCUUCCGACACAGCACUACGUCAUGAUUAUUCGCUGAGAGUAGAUGAUAGUUUUGCCGGGAAGUCGAGAGUGAAGGUUUACAUGUACGAUUUGCCCAAGACGUUCACCUAUGGAAUCAUCGAGCACCACGCGAUGGCGCGUGGGUCACUCGACGCGCCGGUCGAUGAUGUGUCAACGCUGAGGUAUCCCGGGCAUCAGCACAUGGGAGAGUGGUACUUCUUCGCUGAUCUUCUCCGACCGGAGUCCGAACGUGUCGGUUCUCCCGUUGUCAAGGUCACGGAUCCAGAGGACGCGGACCUGUUUUAUGUGCCCGUAUUUUCGUCGUUGAGUCUGAUAGUAAACACGGGUCGGGCUGAAGGGUCGAGCUUGGUUAAGGGUUACAGCGACGAGGACAUGCAGGAUGCGCUGGUGGAGUGGCUUGAGAGCCAGCAGUCCUGGAAGAGAAACGGCGGGUGGGAUCACGUGAUAAUUGCCGGUGACCCAAACGCUCUAUAUCGUGUCAUUGAUAAGGUCAAGAAUGCUGUACUGCUCGUAUCGGAUUUUGGGCGGCUCCGACCUGAUCAAAGUUCCCUGGUCAAGGAUAUAAUUAUGCCAUACGCCCACAGAAUCAAUACCUAUACUGGUGAUCUCGGCGUCAAGAAUCGGAAAACCCUAUUGUUCUUCAUGGGCAAUCGCUAUCGCAAAGAGGGAGGCAAAAUUCGUGAUUUACUUUUCAAAGUACUUGAGAAAGAAGAGGGAGUGACAAUAAAACAUGGAACGCAAUCAAGGGAAAAUCGACGUGCAGCCUCACAUGGGAUGCAUACAUCGAAAUUUUGUUUAAAUCCUGCUGGCGAUACUCCAUCUGCUUGCCGGCUUUUUGAUUCUAUAGUUAGCUUGUGCGUGCCAGUGAUAGUCAGUGAUGAUAUUGAGUUGCCUUUUGAAGAUGUCAUUGACUAUAAGAAAAUUGCAUUAUUUGUGGAAACUUCAGAUGCUUUAAAGCCAGGAUAUUUGGUUAAGAAGCUGAGAUCGGUGACUCCUGAAAAGAUUCUAGAGUUGCAGAAAGAGUUGAGGGAGGUGAACCGAUACUUUGAGUUUGGUGACCCAAAUGGAACAGUAAAGGAAAUUUGGCGUCAAAUUGCACAGAAGUUACCUAAUAUUAAAUUGAUGAUCAAUCGCGACAAACGAAUUGUGAAGAGGCAGCUGAGUGAACCAGACUGCUCAUGUCUAUGCACAAACAAAACUGGGAUUAUCAGCUCCUUAUGAUUACUCGUCUUUAUUGAAGAUUUUAGAAUUCAAUACCUAACAAAUCCAGUUUCUUUGGUUUACGGCAGAGAACAAAAGUCUCUUCUGGAUCUUGGUUAGACAGAUGAAUAGUUGAUCCAUAGAUUAUGUUGUAUCAGAAGUUCACGGUAACCUUAUCUCAGGUGGGGUUUUCUUCCAUUCAGGAGGGUGGCGAAGCCUAUCAUUGUAAAAUGUUUGUUGAAUUUGUUAUUGUUUUAGAUUUGGCACAUCACUUAGCCUUGGCUUUUACUAUGUUAUGAAGCCUAGAUCAGCCACAGGAAAAUUCAAUCAGCAGUUGUAACUGUAAUUGAUUUGUACAUUAUAGGAAAUAAAAAUGUUAAAUUUAUGUUUGAUUAUCUCCUAUUACAGGCGGCUGCAAUGACAUCAGGACAAGUUUACGUCUUGAAUUGUAUUCAUUGUUGACAUUACUGAAACUAGAUUGAAUUUCAUUA